CAAACCUGUUUUUAUGGCGGCCAGUUCUUUUUAAAUGGCUCUCGACCGCGAAUAAUUGUUCUUAGCAUGGCAGUAUCGAACAUCCGUAUAGGAAUAUGUGACCGUCUCAAAAUGGCGCUUUUCGACGAAGGUUCUCUGUGAAUAGGUUCAUCGCCCGAUUAGCAUGGAAGCUAAAUAUCGGGAGAAGGUGGCUGAUCGGAAUCCUCCGAGCCUCUUUGACUUAAGUGGGGCGGUGGUCACCUCCGUCAUGAGGCAGGUGGAAAGAGAAGUGUGGGCACUUCCAGGUCCUAUACUCCAGAACAUCUUGCCUAUGCUUAACAUCUACUACCUGGAGCGAAUUGAGGAGACUGCUGUGAAAAAAGGAUUGUCAACUCAGACUAUCUGGUGCAAGCUCUGGUGUGACAUCAUGAAAACAAGACCAUCCAGGUUUGAGAGCGUUAAAUGCUGGAGGAAAAAGUUUCUUGAAGCUUUCUUCUCAAACGUGCUGCGUGGGACCUUGGAUCUGUCUUCAGACCAGCGCCUGAGAGAUCCUUGCUUUUUGCCCUUGCUAUAUACGUCACAGCAUGUUACUCAACUUACCAUCUAUAACAUGCUUGAAGGAGUAGCAGAGCUGAUGGCCAAACACAAUCAGGGGGUUCUAGAAAACUUGGUUGUUUCACUCAGAUCCUUGACAUUCCGUCACUUGCUCUCCUCCAGUCAGUCCACUAAACAACAGCUGAGUUUGCUUCUUCAUCGCCUAAUUCAUCAUGGGGCUGUGAACCAUGUAUCUAUGAACUCUUGGCCUAAUCCUGACUCAUCACUUUUAGUCCUCAUUCUGAAAAUGAGUGCUGGGAUUUGGCACCCAGGAAAAACUCUUGUAAACCAAGCAAGCCUUUGCCACCUGUGCAGGGAAGCAUUGGUUGAUCAGAGCCAAAAACUAGACCAAGAGCAUGUACCUCAUUUAGACUCAAGCCGGCUGUUUCAUGGAUUAACAACUGGCCACUGUAGUGACAAAGAUCUGAGAAAUGAGAAACUGUUAUCCAGCAUGCCACUAGGCUUUGAAAAUGCUAUAGAGCUGGCUAGAGCUAGCAGUGAGACUCUUAAUAUCUCUGCGGAUAGUCACUGGAGCAGCAGUCCUUUUCAAAGCAAGAUGCAGCACAACACAAGCUCAGAGAGUCAUAAUUCUGAAAAAGGAUCUGUCAAACUUUCUCCAGCAAAAUUGUCUCAAGAUGGCUAUCCUUUAGAUGAAAGUCAGAAGAAGGGCAAGGGCAAGCUUGGCUACCAUUGCAGGACCAGAAAAGCCAACACAGACUCAGAAGACCUUUAUGACUUUGUUUUUGCUGUUGCAAGAGAAGAAGAGGAGAAAACAUUGCUCAACAAAAGAACGAAAGCUAAGGAAGAAAAGGCUUAUGUUAACUCUUCCAGUUACCCCACAGAAGUUGCUACUGGUACUGCCCCUAAUUUGGUUCACAGAGAUAGAGCCCAACCUAUUGGGAUCACUUCCCUGAAAACAGCAAGCCAUUUCCGAAGUGUGUCUACUCUGGAAAUUCUGUCCAUCCGUCUAAACAGGAAUACGUGCCAGAUGCUGGGAAAUCUGCUCAGCUCUUGGAUAUCUUUAGAAAAGCUUGUUCUGUCUUUGAAUGGCUUAGGUCCCAAUAUCUUCAGCAUCCUUUCUGGUCUCCGGGCUCUUUCUCGGCACAAUGACUACCAUCUCCGUGUAGUGCACAUCAGUGACAUGCUCUCCCAUGUCCCCUGCAUGAAUCUUGUACACUCUGUUUUGAGUGCUGUUCCAUUGCUUCAGGUGCUUACAGUCAGCUUUGAUCUCAAAACUCUAAUGGAGUGGAGCAGGACAGAAGAGAGCUCGGGCUCAUCAUCUUUAGAUGAAGACAUUCCAGAGAGCCAUCUGGAAAAUCUUGAGAUCAGAUUUCCCAGGGAACCUCUUCAAACAAGCCUGCUGAUACCUGUGCUGAAAGCCUCAAUGUCUCUCCAGAGUCUCUCUCUAGACAGCGUUGCAAUUUCUUGUCCCCAAGAGGUUGAGCUUCUCCUUCAUGCACUGAAAGACUAUUGCCCAGUCCUAAAGAGGUUAAGUUUUCAUGACAUCAAUCUUUCUCACCAUGCAAAAGAUGUCCUCUUGCUGCUGCAGGACCCCAUCCUUCAAGAAAUCACCUUUUCAUUUUGUCGGCUGUUUGAAAACUGUAAUGCAGAGUUUCUGUCUGAAAUCAUAAACGCUGUGAAGAAGAACUCGUCUUUGAAGACCCUCAAGCUCCCUGGAAAUAGGCUUGGAAAUCACAGGUUGAUUGCACUGGCUGAUAUUUUUUCUGAAGAUUCAUCUACUUCCAUUUGUCAUCUAGAUGUCAGUUCCAACUGCAUCAAACCUGAUGGACUCUUGGAGUUUGCAAAGAAGCUGGAGAGUUACAUAGCCCAACGUGGGGAACAGAUCAAAUUCACGAAACUUUGCCUCUCUCAAAAUUGGCUGGACCAAGAUGCUGUAACGGCUCAAGAAGCCCUUUGGCGGCUCAAAGCCAUAUGCAGUGUGGUCAGUGACACAUGGGACUCCUCUCAAGCCUUUGCUGACUAUGUUAGUAUGAUGUAACAAGUACCCAGGGUGUUCUUUUGUAAUAAACCUUGAUUUUAGCUGAA